AUGCUCUUCACCGCUGUCACUCUCGCUCUGCUGGGCCAAGCAUUGGCUAGUGCCCUGGAUCUGGAGGAGCGCCAGAGUAGUUGUCCCAAUAUCCAUGUCUUUGGCGCUCGUGAAACCACCGCACCCGCUGGCUAUGGUUCGUCUUCGACGGUGGUCAAUCUGAUCCUCAAUGCCUACCCAGGCUCUACCUCGGAGGCGAUCAGUUAUCCUGCGUGUGGAGGCCAAUCUUCCUGUGGAGGAGUCAGCUAUGCCAACUCGGUGGUUGCAGGUAUCAACGCCGUGGCGAGCGCUGUGAACACCUUCAACCAGAAAUGCCCCCAGACCCAGCUGGUUCUCGUGGGAUAUUCCCAGGGUGGUCAAAUCAUGGACAAUGCCCUUUGUGGUGGGGGAGAUCCCAACCAGGGGUAUACCAACACGGCUGUCGCCCUGUCCGCUUCGGCCGUCAACAUGGUCAAGGCAGCCAUCUUUAUGGGCGACCCUCGCUUCAUCGCCGGUCUGUCCUACGAGGUUGGCACCUGCAAGGUUGCUGGGUUUGAUCCGCGCCCCCCCGGCUUUAACUGCCCCAGCGGUAGCAAGAUUCAAUCGUACUGUGAUGCCGCUGACCCAUACUGCUGCAACGGAAACGAUGCCAACACCCACCAGGGCUAUGGAAGUGUCUAUGGCCAGGCUGCCCUGACCUUUGUGAAGAGCAAACUGAGCUCCAGCAGCUCGGGUGGCGGCUCUGGAGGUGGCUCCGUAGGUACUGGCGGUACCAUUGCUCGCUAUGGACAGUGUGGAGGCCAAGGCUGGACCGGUGCCACCAGCUGCCAGAGUCAGUAUACCUGCACGGCCGUUAGCCAGUGGUACUCUCAAUGCCUGUAA